AUGCAGAAUUCGCAUUACAACAGUGUCCCAACCGGCGGGAAUGAUACCCUCCGCACACAGCCUGACGUUGUGCAAACCUCGUCCAAGAUUACGGAUGGUAAUGAGGGCACGGAUCGGCAAAGUCCUGCUAGACGAUUGAGAUUUCAAUUGUGGCCAAGAGUCAAGCAAUACGCCCCUUUUGGCACCACAGGAAAACUCCGUGCCCGCGAACUGGCAGCCAGUCAAGCAAGCCCUUGCCUGUCAGAGAUUAGUACCAAACAUUCCGACAGAGCCACGAUUGUUUCUGAACACGAUGAUCGCCUGGGUACAUCGCGAUGCAACGUUAGUAUCCCAGAUGGCAAAUCCAGGUUCAUCAACACCGUCACACCAAAUCCUAUGGACUCGCGUAAGUGCAUGAGCCUUCGUCUUGUGGUCGAAAGCCGAAGCUCAUAUUUUACAUCGAAAGUUCCAGCGACCUCUCCCCAUACUGAAAGAUUAAAAAUUACUUCGACCGCUAAAUCGCCAACCAACCCUGUCAACCAUGCCAUACUUCACCCAGUUUCUGGGCCCCUUAUUCCUCCCUCACAGACAGGAGUUGCGUCGCUGCAGCGUUCACCCCCGACUAGCAAAUGUCAAGACGCACUUCCCAAAGCUACAAAGACAGAUACAGAGGGCGCAAUGCACCCAGCUGAAUUAUUUGCCGUCAGCGCGCAGCCUGAAACAACAAGUCCUCCUCCAGUGCCCCCAAAGUCACCACGAACGAUGAAUCGCUCUCUAAAGCUCCAUCAAGAACAAUGUACGUUCGUCUCACCAUGGAGAGAUCCCCCAACUUCGAAUCACGGAAGGUACUUCGCAUCCGACCCGCUCGGUACAAAGCCUCCAUACAGGAGCCAAGCUGUAUAUCAAUACAAAGGCCCAUAUACGGCCCACAGUGGAGGAACUCUGCUGGGCCGACGAUCCCCAAUUGUACACAACUCACCAAGCAAUUGCGUAGGGCAACGCCAUACCACAGCUGAAGAUGCAUCAGCGGAGGAACUUCAGGUACUUGAGGAGCGCUGCAGACAUAUCCGCCGUAUUUACGAUUCGCUCGAAUUCGAGCUUCGUGGUCUGCAGGAACGUACAACUCGGUUCCUCGGGUCCGAAAGCACGGACGGUGCUGAGUGCAGGAAAAACGUGUUGAUCCGAACGAAAGCUAUAGCAGAUCUUGACGUGUCCAUGAAAGGUUGGGCCAGCAAGUUAGAGCAGGCUACAAACCAGCAAGUCUAUCUCCGUCAGAAGCUUGCGGAACAUGUGGCGGCGACUGCGCACCGCGACACGACCAACCCAGGGCUUGGAAUAUCGGACGAGCCGAAUCAUGGAACUAAGCCUGCAAUGACGUCGAAUCUUGUGGAUACGAGCCGCAGAAAGACAGAAUCCAUUAAGGUCUACGUAGACGUGAAUGUCUUCGAAGAAAUUGCCACUUCGGCGGAAACCGAAAGGUAG